ACGUUUUGAAUAACGUAUCCGAACGGUUGUUUGUGAAAGUUUGACAAUUUUUACCGUAACAAGUUGUGUUUUUGCGAAUAAUUUUACUGGAUAAAUCCAUUGAGAAUAACGAAAGUGAUGUGUAAAAAUUUAUUUUCACAAAAUCAGUAACAACCGUGAGUGUACAUUUCAGUUAUUGAAAAUAUAUACAAAUAUUACAUAUAACAUUCUAAUCGAAGUUAAGUAACAAGUUUCGUGCAGCAAAUCAACUCAUAAGCAUUUCUGUGAAAAAAUAAGUAAAUAACAUAAUCCAAGCAGUUUAAACACACCCCCGAGGAUUUGCAUCCAUACCUUUACAAAAUGACUUCACAGCGAUUACUGUACGGAUGUGGGAUGAUUGUUUUAGUUUCGCUCUUAAAUGGAAGCAGCUUCGCAGAGAUGGCAUCAACCGGAAAUGCAAUCAAUAAUUUAUACGAAAAUCUUCUUCAACGAGAAUACGCUGGACCAAUUUCAUUUCCUGAAAGGGUAGAACGAAAAGCUCAACGUUCACCUUCACUACGGUUGAGGUUCGGUCGCAGCGAUCCUAACAGUGAAAUAUUUGCAAUGGAAGAAAAACGUUGGUUUGGUGACGUUGAUCAGAAACCCAUUCGAUCUCCAUCUUUGAGAUUGAGAUUCGGCCGCACUGAUCCUUCAAUGAAAGCACGGGAACCAAUGCAUUUAGAUGAGAAUGAAUACCAACGAAUAUAUCAAGACGAAGUAAUAUCUUCCAUUUUCAAUUCGGAAAAAUUAAGGAACCUUUUAGAUGAACUGCAAGCUUUGAGUGACAAUCAAAUAAGUUCCGAUGAGUUCCAACGAGACAUCCGUAAACAAACUCCAUUAAGGUUAAGAUUCGGUCGCAGUGCUGGUGUAUCCUCAAGUUUGACUCACGAUGAUACCGACCACAAUUCGGUGGAAUCCCAUAAUUUUAUCGUACCUGAACCAACUGAAAAAGCUUAAAUUCUCCCUAUCACAGCCUACAAAUAAAUAUAUCAAUACUACCGCAUAAAGACAAACCAACAUAAACAAUACAUUCCUAUAUGAAAGACGCAUGAAGUUACCUAAAAUAAAAUUUAAAAAAAAAUUAACAUUUGAUACAUGUCUUAUCCAUAAAUACCAACAAAGUAUUAAUUUAAAUUUGGUAUAGAUCUAAAAUGUGUUAAUGUUUUGGUUAUUGUUAUAAUUUUCUAGAGUCGGUCUUUUUUAUUCAAUUUUAUAAAGAAUGUAAAUAUAAAUAAAAAUUUGCCCGAAAUCUUAAAACUUUAUAUUUUUAAAAACAUUGCCCCCGAAAGAAAAACAAUAUUGUUGUAUUUGCAUAUAAUAAAUACAUAUAUGUAUGUACAAUAUACAUAUGUAUAUUGAUUAGGUAUGCAUAAGUGUAUAUAAAAAAGAAUACAGACUGAACCACGAGUCAUUGUAUGUUUUUCUUAAACGAACCCAAGAACAUUAAAAUUUUGUUUUUAAUGUAAUUUGACUAUAAUAUGAUUUUAUGUGUCUCUAAGAUUAUGAUUGGUGACAAAAAAACAAUCCGAUGUCUUGACAUGUGGAUAUUCUAUUUAAUAACAUACAUUUUGACAGACGUUUAUAUCUUAAAAUGUCUGAGUUUUUUGACGUUUCGAAACGAAACAACUAUUUGUGCUAUACAAAAAAAAACAAAAACAGACUAAUUUUUAAAUAAUUCUUUGUUAAACAACCCACCGGACCGGACUAAAGUACGAGAAAAUGAAUUUUUUGAAAAGCAGUUUUCAUGUUUUCUUAUGUUCCUCACGAGUUUAAAAAAUAAACUGUAACCACGUAUAAUUUUACUGUAUUAUAUGUUCGUUAAACUUGUAGAAGUAAAGCUUGACUCUUGGCUCACACUGUAUUCAAGAAAUAAUCGUACGUAUUAUAUUUAAAAAUGAUGUUUUGAUUUUAAUUUACACCAUCAAUUUAUUGUUUUUUGUAAGUUUAAAAACAAAAAUUUACUAUAUCUUAUAUCUCGAACAUAACCCAUUAUAUUUGAAUAAAAUACUCUUUGUGUAAAUUAAAUCAUUCUCAAAAUGUAAAUGUAAAUAAAAUUUCCAUACAAGUAUUAUAAUGUCAUAAAAAAAAAACAAGAAAAGAAAUAAAAAAGAACUACAUAUGUAUCAUAAAUAUUACAUAUUCAUAUUCACAAAAAAACAGAGAUUUAAGAAAAUGGAUACAAUUCUGAAUCUUAAAAAAAAGAAACCGAUUUAAAUUGUUUAAUGAUUUUUUUUUCAAACAAAACUAUUUUUUUUAUAAAAAUGCAAAUGAAGUUAUCAAAUUGUGAAAUUGAUCUAAAAAAAAAGAAAAAAAAAAAACAAACAAAUAUGAAGAUAAUAAAAUAAAUCUGUCGAUGAUGAAAAAAUGUAUGUUAAUGUAUUAAUUUCAAUCCUUAAAAAUGUAUGUCAAUUUGUUUAUUUUAAAUGAAAAAAGGGAACUUGAUCAGUAUUUUCAAUAACAAUUUAAAAUAAUUAUCAAAUUAAUUCUUAUUAUACACGCAUAAAAAUAUAACUUAGCCAAUAAAGAUGAAGAAAACGAA